AUGACUUGGCUAAUUUGGAAUAUUAGGGGAUUGAAUAAGAGGUAUAAACAAAAAGAUAUAAAGCAGUACAUAAAAGAUAAACAUAUCAAGUUGGCCGGUUUAGUUGAAACAAAGGUGAAAGAAGGCAAUGCAGGGAAGGUGAUUAGUAGAAUAGUCCCUGGUUGGAAUAAGAUGACAAAUUAUGAGUAUGCUGUGAAUGGAAAGAUAUGGAUCAUAUGGGAUGAGCAAAUGUAUGCAGUACAACCAUUAGACAAACAAGACCAGUUCAUUCACUGUCUAGUAACUGGGAAGCGGAAUGGGAUAAUCUCUAAAGUGCUUGUGAUAAAUGCUGAUAUAAAAGACCUUGCUGAGCAAUGCCAUGACAUUGGUCUUACAGAAUUAACAUGGAGAGGGGAUUAUUUUACAUGGACCAACAAGCAGAAGGGUGUUGAUAGGAUUUGGAGUCGCAUAGAUAGGAUGUUUGGAAAUGAUAUUUGGAUGAUGAACUAUAGUCAUCUAAGUACUGAUUAUGGGGAGCCUUAUAUUUCAGAUCAUAAUCCCAUGUGCAUCAGUAUAAGGCAACCUAGGAUUCUUACCAAGAGCCCAUUCAGAUUCUUUAAUGUAUGGGCAAAUCACCCUGAUUUUGAAAUGAUAAUAAGGGAAGAAUCGAGCAGGAACAAAGUAGCAGGGAAGAUGGAAAAUAUUUGGGUCAAGCUUAAAAGGAUGAAAAGGCAGUUUAGGCAGCUGAAUGAAACAGAGUUCAAAGGAGUAGCUGAGAAGAUAGAUCAAGCAAGACAAACGAUUAAUCACAUACAAAGCCAAAUGCAAAAUAGUUAUAAUGACCUGUUGCAAGUCAAAGAGAAGGAAUGGCUGCAAAAGCUGGAAACACGGUCAAUGGUGGAAGAGAAGAUACUGCAACAAAAGGCUAGAGCAAACUGGAUCAAAUUGGGUGAUGCUAAUAAUAAAUUUUUUUCUGCAGUAAUAAAGGAGAGGCAGCAGAGAAAAUAA